AUGGGAUCGCCUCUAUCCCCGGUUCUGGCAGACCUGUUCAUGGAAGAAUUUGAGCAGACAGCCCUCUUCUCCGCGGACCUCAAGCCCAGCGUAUGGAUCCGGUAUGUGGACGACACCUUCGUCGUCUGGCCACAUAGCCCACAAGACCUCCAGCUGUUCCUUCAACAUCUCAACAGCCAACACAACGACAUCCAGUUCACCAUGGAGAAGGAACAACACGGACGCAUCGCAUUCUUGGAUGUCGAGGUUUCAAGACUACCAGAUGGCACCCUAUCCCGCACAGUAUAUAGGAAGCCAACACACACCGACCGCUACCUGAACAACUGGUCAUUCCACCACCCCAGCAUCAAGGCCUCCGUCAACAGAACCCUCGUACGUCGAGCAUACAACAUCUGCGACCAAGACCACCUAGAACCAGAACUCCAUCACAUCUCCACAGCACUACAGCGGAAAAACACAGGCUUCACCAUCAGUGACAUCUGGCGCCCCAUCCUCAACCCUUCUUAG